AUGGCAGCAAUACGACACACACUGCAAAGGGAAGUGUUUACACCCAGUGAUGAGAAAUUACUGAGUGUAUGUUAUGUGAGCAAAGCAUAUAAAAAAAAGAAAAUGAGCUUUCUUUGUUUAACUACAACUACAGAUACACCUCCAUCAUUGCUUUUGUAUCAAGUAAAGAAGAAUGAUAAAAACAUAUUCAAAAAGAAACAGUCAUGGUCAUUAAGCGAUAUCCAAAUUGUGGAUGGAGUUAAAAAUGAUUCUAUGGAUAUAGAGUUACAUAUAGAUAAAGUAUAUAAAUGGUCUGUAACAACUGCUCAAGAACGGAGAACAUUUCUGAGCAAUUUAUAUACUUAUUCUUGCAGCGUAGCUCAGAGACCACAAUUUAAAAAUAUUCCUAAAGAAUGGCUCAUAGAUCCAAGUUCUUUGAAGGAAAGUGACAGUAUCACUUUCACACCAGAACUUCUUACAUCACCCAUUUCAUCAGAUUAUCAACCGAUUACUGAAAAAGAAGCUGCUGAUUUAAAGCAGAUGAUGGAAAACUGUGAGUAUGCAGUUGCUAAUGCGGAGCUUUUUAUGGAAACACUGUCCAAAGAUCUGUCUAUUCUUGAUGGGGAAAAUGUACAAUCAGUUUUGGCAUCAGAAGCUCGCGUAACUCAAUUGAUGAAUAGUAUUGAGGCAGCAAUAACUGAAGCUUCUAUUGUGGAAGCUCGUCUUGCAGCUUAUGACGAAGCGCUUGGUAGAAUUAGAGAAGUUAUGGCUCGUGUGGGUCAAAAGAAUCAAGCUAUUCAUACAGCUAAUAAUAAUGCGAGACUGCUUCUAGAUCAGUUAAAUUCAGUCAUUUCACAAUUGGAUGUUUCACCAACCCAUCAGCGUAUUUUGAGUGAAGCUGAAUUGCCAGGAGAAAAGGAAGAACUUAGUCAAGCAGGUGCUGCCCUUUUAAAAGCAACAACAGCCCCCUUGCCACCAGGACUUGAUAAAUUAAGCGCAGUGACUGAACAAAAAAGACGACUUGAUAAACUUAGAGCAAAAUUUUCUGUAAUUGUGGCGAGGCAUCUGAAUAAUCUUUUUAUACACUUGGGUAAUGACGUUGGGGACAUGUCAAUGUCAACAGCAGAUUUAAUUCUUCCAACACAUCAAGCAGUUCAUCAUGAACUUGAACCAUAUACAGAGUUAAUGCAAUUACUAAGGGCAUUAGACAAUAAAGCCUUUGUACAGUUAACCAAAGUUUAUACAGAUACAAUGAGUAAAUUAUACAAGAGAGAUUUAAAGCGAUUUUUUGAAGAAGCAAGAAAUAAACUUACUUCUAAACGUCUUCAAGUAAAUACAUCAAGAUCUGGUGGACAAAAAGCAGAAGAUUUACUAAAUCCAACACCUAUUUGUUUAUUAAGUGGUGAAGUAUGGGCACCUGUAGGAGACGGGAAUCUUUUAGAUUCAGUUCUUGAUUGUAUGCUUUCACAAAUGCAACCAGUUUGUCUAGCAGAACAGGCGUUUUGCAUUUCAUUUCUACAAUUAGACUCUGUUCUUUCCCCAUCAAAAAGCAGUGAACUAGAGGAAACAGACAAUGUUAGUAACGGAGCAGCGAGUCCUGGAUCAGUUACCUCUACUACAAGUAAAAAAUUAGAGAGACAAGUAAACGAAGAAGUGCGUGCAACAAUGGCAGCUAUAUUUCCAUCUUUAGAAGCUGAAUUAAAUAAUUUUAUUGCUUUUCUAGACAAGAUCGAUAGUUUUUGGUGUAUGUAUGUGUUAGUACGUUUGUCCCAACAUGUUAUGUCAGCACAAGAUACUGGUUCCUUUUUAUCUAUGACAUUUGCUUCUGCUUUGAUCCAAGUUAAAAGAUCUUUCGACAAAUUUAUGCAAACACAGUUACAAUCGAUUUUAUGCGAUACAAAAGUUAAUCGUAGAAAUAAGUGUGGUAUAUUGUCGUACGUAGAAAAUUUUGAACAUUUUGCAAGAACUGCAGAGAAAAUUUUCAAAAAUUCAGAUAGAAAGGUCGACCUUGAGAAAUGCUACACCAAGUUAGUGAGUACAAUGUUUGAAGCAAUUGUUAUCCAUAGUAGAGAACAUCAUAAAACUCCACAAGAAGUUGUUAAGAUGGAAAAUUUCCAUCAUUUAUACGAUCUCUUGUCACAAUUAAAAAUAUCUGUACUUGAUCAUGAGCGUAAAGAAGCUAAACAAAAAUAUCAAGAUGCUCUGCGUGCAUAUGUCACACAAUAUUUUGGAAGACCUCUUGAAAAGCUCAAUUUAUUUUUUGAAGGUGUACAAGCAAAAGUUGGUGCUGGAGUUAAGGAAUCUGAAGUUAGUUAUCAAAUGGCCUUCAGUAAACAAGAACUUAGACGUGUUGUGAAGGAAUAUCCAGCCCGAGAAGUUAAAAAAGGUUUAGAAAAUUUGUAUAGAAAAGUUGAGAAACAUUUAUGCGAAGAAGAAAACUUAUUGCAGGUUGUUUGGCGCGAAAUGCAAGGUGAAUUCAUCGCACAAUAUAUAUACAUAGAGGAGUUGAUUCAACGAUGUUAUCCAGAUAGUAUGGUAACACUUGAAUUUACCAUAGAAGAUAUAUUAGAAUUUUUCUCUGAGAUAGCUCGAUCUCAUUAAAAAACUUAG